UUAUCUGGUCUUUUUUGCUAGAGCAUCUUUCUAGCCUUGCACCUCAUUCAGAUAUCCGUGCUAGAACACUCUUCUAGCCCUUUACUACUCUCUAGUCCCGCUAGCACCUCCCGCUAGCCUCCCUUCCCCGCUAGUCUUCUAGUCCCACUAGUCUUCUAGUCUCGCUACUUCUAGUAUCCACUAGUUUCUAGCCGUUUUGAAGCCCUUCGCCGAAGUGCUACCCUGUUCCCUCCGUAUUAUGUGCUGCUGACUCCCGCAAACUAACUAAAAAGAACGUCAUGUCCGACUCCUGUGAAAACCGUUACGGGGAAGACUUCAUCCCUGGAACCACCAAAAUCUUCGUGUCUCCCGACAACUCGUCCAUCGACACCUCCAACACCUCCCGUCCCUUGAAAAAGAACAGCAAGGGCAUCAUCUUGUUGCCCCAACCCUGUGACAGUCCCAACGACCCUUUGAACUGGUCGUACUUCCGCAAGGGCUGGCACUUCAUCUUCUUGUGCUUCAUCACUGCCCUCACUGCAGCCAUCUCCAACGAUGCCGGUGCGGCCCAGGACUCCUUAAAUGAGACCUACGGCAUCUCCUACGACGCUAUGAACACCGGUGCCGGUGUUCUCUUCUUGUUCAUCGGGUGGUCCUGUAUCGUUUUUGCCCCUGCCUCGUCCUUGUACGGCAGAAGAAUCACCUACAUCCUCUGUGUUCUUUCUGGGUGUCUUGGGUCCGUCUGGUUCGCCGUUUCUAGAAAAACUGCAGACACCAUCUGGUCGCAAGCGUUCGUGGGGAUCUCCGAGGCCUGUGCCGAGGCGCAAGUCCAACAAUCACUCUCCGAUAUCUUUUUCCAGCAUCAGUUGGGUUCUGCCUUGACCCUCUAUAUCAUGGCCACCUCGGUAGGGUCUUUUUUGGGUCCUUUGAUCGCCCAUAUUAUCUCGGAAGACCAAUCCUUUAGAUGGGUUGGAUGGUGGGGUGCCAUCAUUUGUGGUGCCACCUUAAUUUUGGUUAUUUUCACAUGUGAGGAAACUGUUUUUGACAGAUCCAAAUAUUCAGUUGUAUAUGACGGUUCUCAAGCUAUUAAUGAUACCCCUGAAAUCGAGGAAUCCAAAGAAGAGAAGAACGAGCCAGAGGUGGUCAAAACCACCGAGUCCUUCAGCUUUCCUCAAGAUAACGAGCUUCAGCCAUCCGCUGAAAGCGAGAAGCCAUGGUCAUACUUCCAAAGAAUGGCCCUUAUUACCCCUGCAUCCUACUUGGAGGGCUAUGGUUUCAAACAGUACAUUAGAAGAUUCUUUUUGUACUUCAAGGUGUUCACCCUCCCAGCCGUGUGGCUUUCCGGUAUUUUGUGGGGUUUACAGGACGCCUACAUGACAUUCUUUUUGACUACUCAAGACACUUACUUUUCCGAAGAACCUUGGAACUACUCGGGUAAGGGAGUUGCUAUCAUGAAUGUUGCAACUUUGAUUGGUGCUGUAAUUGGAUGUUUCGUCUCCGGUAUUCUUUCCGACAAGCAUGUGCUCUGGAUGGCCAAGCGCAACUCGGGAAUCUUGGAGCCAGAGUACAGACUUUGGUUAUUGUUCAUCACUUUGAUUAUUUCGCCAUUAGGCUUGAUCAUGUUUGGUGUGGGUGCUGCCAGAAACUGGCCAUGGCAAGCGAUUUACGUGGGCUUGGGAUUCAUUGGGUUUGGCUGGGGUUCCAUUGGUGACACCGCCAUGUCGUAUUUGAUGGAUUCGUACCCUGAAAUUGUCAUCCAAGGAAUGGUUUGUGUUUCCAUCAUCAACAACACCUUGGCCUGUAUUUUCACUUUCGUGUGCUCUCUCUGGUUGGAUUCUGCAGGUACUGAGAGCACCUACAUUGUUUUGGCCGUGAUCAGUUUCGUGUCGAUUGCCAUGAUUAUCCCUACAUUGUAUUGGGGUAAGACCUGGAGAAAGAGAACCAAGGACCUCUACUUGCUGAUUGUCGAAUUGAGCUCUUCUAGCUGACAUUAAAGUUAAUUAAACAAGGACAUUUAAUGCAUAUAUUGUUUAUUUUUUUCGUAGUAUUUC